CGCCGCCCGCCCGGCGCCUUCCCCGCUCCACUCGCCCUCGCUCCCGGCCCUGCGGCCGCUCUCCCUCCCCGCCUGCCCUCCGUCCCGCCCCGUCCAGCCCGGUCCGCCCGGCUCCCGCAGGCCCCCCCGGCGCCCGCGUUCCUAUGGACAGACGCACAGACACCUGCAGGAAAGACACUGCUGAUCCAGUAACAUGGAGGAUUGCCUUCAUACCUCAUCUGAGAAUCUGUCCAAAUUGGUCAGCUGGGCCCACAGCCAUGGGACCAUUUGCAGCCUCAUUCCAAACCUGAAACACUUGCUUUCGGAAGGUUCCCAUGGGAACCUGACAGCAAUGUGGGGCUGUAGUGCUGGCCAUGCUUAUCACUGGCCACUGACAGCCACUUGCAGAGCUGGGUCCCAAGAAAGGGUCUGUUUCCAAGAUAACAGAAGUUUUAACUCUGAUAGUCCCAGUAUAAUUGGAGUGCCCUCUGAGACACAAACUAGCCCUGUUGAAAGGUACCCUGGGAGACCAGUGAAAGCGAAGCUAGACUGUAAUCGGACCAGAGACUCUUGUGACUUCUCUUAUUGCAGUGAGCCAUCUGAACUGGAUGAAGCUGUUGAAGAAUAUGAAGAUGAAAACACCCUGUUUGACAUGGUUUGUGAGUCUUCUGUUACAGAUGAGGAUAGUGAUUUUGAACCCCAAACCCAAAGGCCUCAAAGCCUUGCUCGAAAAAGGCCUGGAAUAAUCCCUUCUUCUCUCCAUUCAAGCUCCCAGGCUCAGAUGGUUGAUGAAUGCAGCAGUGAUGUCAUCAUUAAGAAAAUCAAACAAGAGAUUCCUGAAGAUUAUUACAUUGUGGCAAAUGCAGAGCUGACUGGAGGGGUAGACGGACCAGCCCUAUCAUUGACACAGAUGGCAAAGCCCAAGCCUCAGACUCAUGCUGGUCCCUCCUGUGUAGGGUCUGCUAAGCUGAUUCCCCAUGUAACAUCUGCCAUUGGCACAGAGCUUGACCCACAUGGUGUGUCUGCCUCCCCCUCUGUGAUGUCCAGACCAAUCGUCCAGAAGACUGCCAGGGUAUCUCUGGCUUCACCAAACAGAGGACCCCCUGGUGCCCAUGGUGCCAACCAGCAGGUGGCCAUGCAGAUGCCUGUGAGCACAUCCCAUCCUAACAAACAGAUCAGCAUCCCUUUGUCUGCCCUGCAGCUACCUGGACAGGAUGAGCAAGUUGCCUCUGAAGAGUUCCUGCCCCAUCUGCCCAGCCAGGUCUCCUCCUGUGAGGUAGCCCUUUCUCCCUCUGUUAAUACAGAGCCAGAAGUGAGCUCCAGUCAGCAGCAGCCCCCAGUUGCUCCAACCAUUACCACUGAGGCCACGGCACAGUGCAUACCAGCUUAUUCUACUAAGCUCAACAAAUUUCCUGUGUUUAAUAUUAAUGAUGACUUGAAUGAUCUGUGUACCAGUGCAGUAAGCCCAAAUACUACCAAAGCCACACGGUAUGCCCUGAAUGUGUGGCGAUAUUGGUGCAUGACCAACGGGCUCAAAGAUCACACAGACAUCACCAAGAUCCCUGCAGUGAAGUUGAACGAGCUGCUCGAGAACUUUUACGUCACCGUGAAGAAGAGUGACGGCUCAGACUUCUUGGCCACCUCGCUCCAUGCCAUUCGCCGAGGUCUGGACCGUAUCCUGAAGAAUGCAGGCGUGGGCUUUUCCAUCACCAGCAGCACCUUCAAUUCUUCCACCAAGAAGCUCAAGGAGAAGCUGUGGGUGCUGAGUAAGGCAGGGAUGUCAGGUGCCCGUUCCCGCAAUAUUGUCUACUUCUCCCUUUCUGAUGAAGAGGAGAUGUGGCAGACAGGGUGUCUAGGGGAUGACAGCCCUAUCACUCUCCUGUCCACUGUGGUCAAGUACAACAGCCAAUACCUGAAUAUGCGGACGCUGCAGGAGCAUGCAGAUCUGAUGUAUGGUGACAUCGAGCUGCUCAAAGACCCACAAAACCAGCCCUAUUUUGCCCGGACAGACAGUGUCAAGCGGGAGAGUCGGAGUGGUUCCACUAGAGUGUGUCACGGGAAGAUCUACCAUGAGCAUUCCAGGGGACACAAACAGUGCCCUUACUGCCUCCUCUACAAGUACAUGUACAUCCACCGGCCGCCCGCCCAAAUGGAAGCCAAGUCUCCUUUCUACCUUACUGCCAGGAAGGAGGCCACUGACAUGGGCAGUGUGUGGUAUGAGGAACAGAGAAUGGGACUGCGGUCUCUUCGGGGAAUUGUCCCAAACUUAGCCAAGAAGGUCAAGCUGGAAAACUGUGAGAACUUCACCUUCGUCUCGUUUACUCAGGUGUCUAGGAGGCUUGGCUCCCACAGCUUCUGCCAGUGAUUCCCUGGCUCCAGGCCACCUCCCUGCUCAUCCUGAUAGGCGAGCGCUCCCUCAGGCGGCCGUGGCCGGAGCCCUGAGGAGGCAGGAGAUGACCAGGACUUCAUGGUCAUGCUGGUCUCUGUCAGUGUGACCUGCUAUAUCUUUGAGUUUGUUUUUUAACUGGAAGUAGAAGAGUAUGAAAAAUUAGGAUGUUUUAUCCAAAUGUGUGUAACCUUUGUGAAAUUACAGAAUCUAAUACAAUGUAUAAUUGCUACAUACGCAAGAGUGAGGAAGUUCAUUUUAUCUAGUGCCUUUUUAGCACAGAUUUUCUCAAAAAAAAAAAUGGUGGGAAGAAAAAGGAAAACUGUUUAAGUAGUCAUUUAAAAAAAUCCCAGUAGCCUAGUAGCUUUAGAAUGUUAUAAAGACUAAUACACUUCAUUGAAUUACACUCACAGUAAAGAACUAGAAUCAGAGAGGCAGACACAUGAACUAGUUCAAGGAGAAAAAUUGCACUUGACACUUCUUUAUAUUUUGUGGAUGGCUAGCUUGGUUCUGCAGAGCGAGCAGCCGUGCAUGAUGGAAGACGGUGGAGCUGCGCUCACUCAUGCUGAGGGAGAGGCAGGGAGCUGGCCGGCUGCCCUCAGCACUGGGAGGACCUUGAUCUCUGCGUCAGUGGAGACAAUUUUAUGAAAAAAGAUGAAUGCACCCAAAGGUGUUGGUGAGAACAAGGUUUCCAAUGAACUCGAUGGUUUGUACCAUAAGGGAAUUUCCGGUAGUGAAAGAAAGUGGCUUGGAAAAGCGAUCUGUGACCAAAAUGUGAAAACCUCCUGCAGCAGAAGUGCCUACGUUUUAUUUCUCAGCACCACGUGAAAGCUAGUUCCCUUUGAACAUUUUUUAGAGUGUUUUUUCUGUGUUCUUUGUGUCCUGUGGUUGUUCUGUCAGCACAUAGCACUGGAUCUGUCAAACAACUAACGGUGAUUUUCAGGCUUAACCAGGAAAAUCCAACCAAAACAAGGUGCAAAGAAAACAAACCCCUAAAUGUGUUUAUUAAAGAACUUUGAAAUAUUUUUAUCAAAGUAGGGCUUUUUCAGCCAUAGUAGAUGUCAUCGUUUUAGGUGGGCACCAAUGCUUGGGACAUGAGGAUGUUGGCAGCCUACCAGGUAAGCACACCCGGCAGUAAAGACUUAUUGUCCCCUCAGAGCAUGGUGACGGGUCAUUAAUGCAUUUUGAAACCGUGUCACUCAGAUAAAAUCCAACCUGAGCACACGUUAUUGAAACAGCAGCAGAAUUUCCUAAUAACUACUCUGAAUGCAAUAGUUAGUGGAAAAGGAGCCCAAAGAGUGCUGAUUAAUAGUAAUAAUUUCUAGGGAUCUUUAUUUUGUAUUUGAAGAAAGACUGCGACAACUUUAUACCACUUUGUUCCUGUGUGUGCUUUCUAAUCCAAAAUUAAAAUUCCAAUACAAAUUCACUUUGCAGGAGUCUUAAAAUCAGUCCUAUUUUUUUUCAAAACAGUAUUUUAGUGUUUAGUUUAAUCAGUUGUUUUUAAAAAUCAUUCACUGAUCAUUGAAAUAUGUGAUACUUCCUUUCCCAGAGAAGACUCAACCAAUGCUGCCUUAAGGUUUAAUGGUGUUCCCUUUUCAGUUAUUGCCCAUUUAUAAUUUUGUUUACUAGUUGGUCUUUGCUGAGUAUAGAUUAAUUUGGUCUGUCUCCAUCCAUAUAUAAACAACAGGUAAUAUUUAAUAAUCAAUGUUAUGACCUGAUAUUGCAUACUGUUCUGUUGUGGUUUCCUAUGGUGAUUUUAGGGUUUUGAUUAAAAAGAGACACAAAACAUUAGAUACAGUUUCCUUUAGUUUGCUAAACACCCAAAGGAUAUUUUGUUUGUGGAAAGCAGAUGGUCAUUUUUCUUGUCAGUUCUGCACUUAAACAGAAAUAUAAUCUAUGUGAACUUCUGGGCAGAGCCGGUAGCCUAAUUAAAUAAAACCUCCAUUUUUAUUUUAAAUAGAUGCAAGAAGAAAUUGCCCUUAGGAAUCACUGGGAUCUUUUCAGAUUUUAACAUUUUGAAAAGUAGCAAUAACUGAUCCAGAGGUUGUAAUCUUUCUGUUGAUGGUGGCUUUUCGUCAUUUGAAUAACCGUCUCUGCCUCACAUUUGUUGCUUAUCGCCUGUUUGAUGUACUAUAAAUCCCCAGAGUUAUGAAGUGAAUGAGUAUAAUAAAAAAUCAAAAGGGGAAUCUUCAGUGAUAUCUGAUGGAAGAAAGAAUUGUAUCUCAGCAUCCUAAAUGGAGUUCCUUACAUGCCUCCUUGGGGAAUGGGAGUGAGGAAAAAAAGAAAUUUAUCGAUUGCUACUCUGUGCCACCCAUUGUACUAGUCACUUUUUCUAUUAUGUAUUUGUGUAGAGGUGUGAGCGUGCACACACACUUAAAUAAAAUUCAAAUUCAAAUGCCUAGUAAACCUGCUAAAAUGGCAAAGCACCUAUCCUCCCAUAUGGCCAUGACCCUCCUCAGAGGUCCUGAAAGGCGGCCAGAGUGGCUAGUUCCAGUUGGCGCCUGGCUAAGGCACUUGCUCUGUCUUUCCAGCAGCUCUAAACCCUACCCGCUGGCGGCCCAACCCAGGAGACAGGAGAAUCCCAGAGAAGGAGGGGGGGAGGUUAAGUGUUUUCUACACUAAUCUUCAGAUUUUUUUUUUACUCAAAAAUGGGAAUGGAUCUCAGGAGUUCGCGAGUUCCUCUGAGCACACGUUGCCUCCGGGCUCUGUGUCGGGAAUGGUAGGUGUGACCCGUGGAGUCCUUUGCGUGAGCCCUGCCCACAGCACCUUCUGCGUCUGCUCUAAAGUGAGGCCUGCUUGCUUGGUGCCCUCCUCCCCAGAAUCCAGACCCUGGAAAGUCUCCCCCUGGAAGUUUAUCCUGGCAGAGAUGAUAGGCCGUCAGCUUGAAGGACGUGACUCAAUCAAAUAUAAAAGCUUUAGCACAGCAGCAGCGCAUGGGAGGCAUGCAAUAAACGUUAGCUCUUUCACUUACAACUUUUUGGUGAUGGGAUUAAUUAAUAUUAUUCGACUAACCUGCAUUCUGUCACUUACUUCUUCCAUUAUGGAGAUUCUCUCUUCCUUAAACUUUUAAACUUGAAGAGGAAACCAAACAUGAUAAUCUGGUCACAUUAAUGCCCACGAAUUCUACCUCCAACACAGCCAAGCCCUGAUACCUCAGAUACGAGCAAAAACAAGUGAAGGACGAACAGAGCGGCCGUAAGAGGCUUUAGGAGAAAGCUUUUCGUUGUUUAGUGUGUUGGCAAAGGGAAAUAUUAUUGGAGUACGUAACCAAAGUUGUGAAAGAAAUGGUCUCCUUGGUCAUGUGGCAUUUUCCAGCUUUCCUGGGAUUAAAUGCUGUGUUAAUCCGCCCUGACUGAUAAAUGGUGUUUGAAGAAAUGUGAAAUUCUGUUACUUUGAUUUUUAUUUUAUUUUAACCUUAUUAAAAGCAUCAAGCACUAUACCACUCUCUCAGCAUGUUCAUAGACAGUCGUUAGGAGAAUCUGCACAAAGUAACCCUCCCGUAGAAGCGGAAGCCUCUUGCUGUAGUAGAAAGACGACUAGACUGGGAGCCCCUUCACCGCCCACUUGGCAAAUUGUGCUCUCCCUUUCCGCAGUGAUAUAGUGGGAUCAUUGGAUGGAGCAUCUCCGAAGCGAACAACGUUACACUUCUCUAGCUCCUCAAGGUCACGUAGUUAGCAAGUGGCAAAACUAGGAAGCAAAUUUCAUAAUGCCUCAGGGUCAUAUGGUAAGUCUCCUAAUUUAGUGCUUCUGCCUGGAAUGCUUUCUUUAAAAAUAAGAUUUUUCUUGAAUUUUCAAGUUUCACACCUUCUAAAAUUACUUUGCUAUCUCUAGGCAGCAGAAUGCUGAAUAUUUUUCUCAGUUUAGGCUAACACUGACCACACUGUUACUGGUUAAAUAAAGUAAACAGAAUGAUUAAAUGUUAUCCUAAUCGAAGAUUCAUCCUGUUGCUUUUAGUGAAAUCUGGAUUGCUAAAUAUUUUUGAGCUAGUCACCAGUUAUCCUUUAGGCUCAAAAAAUGCAAAUAGUGCAGACCUCAGUGCAGAGUUACCUCAUUUUGUCCGCGAGCUCUAAUUUAGUCUGUUAAGGCCCAUACGUAUUUAGAAGCUGUUAACAGACAGCCCUGAACAAAAGAAUACAUUAAAAGUUUCAAAUUGGUAGAUAUCUUUAGAUGCUUUUGCUUUGGGGUAAAAUUUUUUUUUUUUUGGUGAGGAAAUUGGCCCUGAGCUAACAUUUGUUGCCAAUCUUCCUCUUUUUGCUUGGGGAAGAUUGUUGCUGAGCUAACAUCUGUGCCCAUCUUCCUCUACUUCCUAUGUGGGACACGACCACAGCUUGGCUUGAUGAGCUGCGUGUAUGUCCACAAUCAGGAUCCGAAUCCAGCAACCUAGGCCGCUGAAGCAGAGCGGGCAAACUUAACCAUUAUGCCACCAGGCUGGCCCCAAGGGGUGAAUUUUUAAUGCUCUGAAUUAAAAGAAAACCGUAACAGUUGUUUUGGCAGUUUUCUUAGGUAAAAACUUUGUUGUAUUUUCCCAUAUAAAUUAUUAACUACCACCAAAACAUAACUGGAGGCAGAGAUUCAUGGUGACCUCAGGCCAGGCUUUCUGAGAGAAGAAGAGGCCGUGUGGGAUGAUAAACUAAGUCAUCUCUGGAAAUUCCUGUGUAUUCUAUAUCCGUGUGUUCUGACAUCACAGGAUUUCCCACAAUGCCUUUGAGGGAAGCGGCCCCUCCUUCCAGCCAAUUUCACCUAUUAUUAUGAUUUUGAGUACUUCCAUUCUUUACGGUCCAGGAAAUCCAGACGAGUUCUCCAUGUUCAGUUGUUGACCAGAAUUAAAUUAUGUUCAACUAAAGUGCUUUAUUAUUCAUCUAAUGCAGCUCAUAGGGAAAUUAAUCAUUUCAGGAAAUAUUAAUUUAUUAAGAUAAAAAAUCACUAGGUUAUAUGUAGGUGCUUUAGAGCCCUCUCCCCCAUUGAGAUGAGAAUGGGCUCCUAGAUACUUUAGGUCAGUAUAACUAAUUUGAUUAAUUUGCAUUUAACUGUAGUUAGUGUUACUGAUUUGUUCAAGUAAAAGUUUCUAGAAGGUUCAGAUUUGCCUAACGCUGACUAUGGUAAGCGCUUUCUUACAGCUGCCUCAUGUCCUCAUUUAAUUCUCACAGCAGCUCUGCAAGAUAGGUCUAAUUAUUCCCAUUUUACUUCUUGAGAAACCAAGGCUCAGAGAAGUUAAGUAAACUUCCCAAAGUCUCACAGAGCUAAUAGGUUGGAGGACCCUGGUCUUCUGACUCCAAAUCCAGCGCACGAUCCAUUAGACCAAACUUCCUUCUUCAGGCCCACGGAGGUCCAUUUAUCACAGAGCUUUUAAAAAAUUAAGCAGUUUCUAUUUGUUUGGGAAAGAUUUCAUUUCCUAAGCCGUACUGUGUUAUACCGUAUAUGUACUGGCCUACGAAUUGAUGGGCCACUUGGUAUAAUUUAGUAGUUCCUGGAAAGCCUGCUGGUUUUCCGUGAAUGAGUAUAACGUUUUCUGUCAAUUGAGAACCUUCUGUCUUUAUCUAACAAAUAACCUAUAUUACCUAUUAUCUAUCUUAAGGGGCAGAUGGUCAUGCCACUUGAUUCUAAUAAAAAGUCAGUUACUUUAUAAACUCUACCUGUUUUGACAUUGGUAUCAUUGCUCAAAAGGUAAAGGACUUCCCAACCUAUGUCACAAGUACAUGCUGAGGUUUUUUUACUUUUGCUUUUAAAUUUUGGUGUCAGAGGAUUUUUAAAUCUUUAGGCUUAUUUAGUCAUUUGUUUCGCGUGCUGUCCUUUAUCAGGGCAUGUUUAUUUUCUGUUUUGAGACAAAAAACAAUAGGUUAUGGGUAACUCUGAGAUAGACCAGUCAUAUUCCCUCAUUUUACCAGUAAGGAAAUUGAAGCCCAGAGAUACUACGGGCAGCCAGACUAUCAGUAGUAGAUUCAGGACUGGAAAAUUAGUCCAGAGCACUUUCCUCCAUAUCACAGCUGGGAAGAUUUGGAUUUUUAAAAAUUAAUUAAUGGAACUGCAUCUGCAGAACAACAUCUGGCUAGCAGAAGCCCCUGAUGAACUCCUGCCUUCACAGAAAACACACUCAUAAAGACCCAGUUGAAGGCCACAUCUCAAUUCUAGAAUCUAGAAGGAAUCGAUACAAUUUGUGAGGCAUAUGGAGAUGGAUUGAGGCAAAACCUUCCAGGUUGCAGCUCAGUGUUUUCUCGGCUUCACUUCAUGAAAGAGAGGCCCUGUGAAAUAAAAAAUUUGAAAGAGAUUUAAUAUUUCUUCUCCCCAACCAUGUCUGUCUCCUAACUCAGAGCCAGAGAGGUAGCCGGCAGAUCCUGCCUCUCAACCAGGUGCCACACCGUGAAGUGAAACAUUUCUCUCUUCCUUCUCCCCACCCCACCUCCUCUUCAUGCCGUCCAAGACUCCAAAUCCUAGGGCUAAAACACAGCAGAAAGCAGAGAGGAUCUAUUAGAGGCAUCGUGCGUUCUGAGAAAAAUGCCCUUUAAGUGAGGGCAGCAACAGUAAAUAACUAGGUAGCAGAAAGUGCAAAUAUUUUGAUGUUUUCAUGUACAGUGUUGGUGCCGAGAUCCAGAAGACCAGGCGAUGGGAAGGAAAAGGAUGCCCCUUCAAUGGAAAAGUGUUUAACUAGAAACUGGACGUGGAAGUAGGUGCAUUUCCUUACCGUCACACCUGCACAUCCACAAAAGGGGUUUGACCACACUCAAGGGGACAGAUAGCGUAACCAAGGGCAAACACUGAGUCUGGAAAGAAAGGAUCACAUUUAAGGAUGAGUAUAGAGUAGAAAGCGAAAGAAGGCGUAUAAAAUGCUGAACCAAGGAAAGUGAAUAGCUUCCAGAACACUUGAAAAUGAAAGUGUUCUACUGCAAGAAACAAGAAAAUUUUAGGAUUCUCUGUCACAAUUGAAAGAACGGAAGAAUUACUUCUAUGCAGCCAUAGUGGGUUAUCUUAACAUGGGAAUGGGCUCAGAGAGAAAGGCAAUUGAAGAAAAUGAAGGAGAAGAUUAGAAAGAAGGAUUUCCAGGAAGCGAAAAACACAAUAGCAGAUCAAAAUCCGCACUGGAAGCAGAAAAGAAUACUGAUGCUUAAAAAAACACAAAUCAAUAAUGUGAAGGACAGACUUGAGAUUUUCUUCCUAAUGUUCUUUCAAAAGAAAUAAGAGAUGAAAAUAAUGGGGAAAGAUAAUGGAUUUGGAAGACAGAACAUUAGCUAACAUUACUGACAUUUGCUUUUCUGCUGGAAAGACUAUAUGAGAAAAAAGGUCAUCAGACUAUAAAAUGAAAGCUUUCCUGAACAGAAUGAAAAUCUGUGUAUGUAGAUUAAAAGGGCUCACUGCAUUCCAGUCAAAAAAAAGGCGAGAGAGACCCACACAUAAGCACCUGGCAAAAUUGUUAAUUUACCAAGGAUGGAGAAGGAAGAAUCCUGCGGGCAGUCCAGUCAGAAAGUAACCAGUUUCCUUUUCGAAAACAAGAGCAUUCUGGCUUCAGACUUCUACUCUAUAGCACCAAAUGCCAGGAAACAAUAGGGAAUUUGGGGGGGGGAAAGUUGUGAUUUUGGAAUUUGAUACAUAGUUUAUAUGUUAAGAUACAGAAAAUAUUUUUAGUUAUGACAUGCAUUCAGGAAAUAAACCAUCUAUGUGUUAUUCCUUUAAAGGGAAACUGUACUGCAACCUACAAAGCUCGGUUAAAAAACCCUGCAAUUUUAAGGAAAAAAAUAAAUGAAGCACAGGUAAAAGGACCUACACCUAGAGUAUUCAACUGUGUACUAGUGGGGGGCUUUGGGGAGAAGGAGGGAAAAAAAUGAAGCAGACUGGCAACAGCUGUUAGCUCAGGUGCCAAUCUUUAAAAAAAAAAAAACCAAAACAGUUUUUCCUCCAUAUCAUAAUUUCAAGGGACUCUGGGGUAUUAAACAUCAGAUCAUUACCCACGAGGAGGAAAUGUAUCCUUUUUAAUAGAUAAUAUAGCUAGAAGCCACAAAUCUGAAAGUGCCCAAGGUCCUUACAGGAAGGAGCAAAACUAAUACAAGAAAAUGUCUCUGAAAAUAACUGCCAUAUCGCAGCAUCGUGUUUCUUCAUUUUUAUUACUGAAGUAAUGCCUGAUCAUUAUAGUAUAGAUAGAAGAUUCAGAUACAUCUUUUAUAAAUUAAAUUUAAAUUGCUCUCGGUUUUCCCCACUACCAUUUAAAACACUAGCCUGGGAGAGUUCCUUGCUUCCAAGUGAGAGAAGGCCAGGCGUCCCCACCUUUGCUUUGGGGUCUGACCUCCUGGACUAGAACUUGCUGAGGCCAUCUCUUGUGCUUCUCAGCUCAGCUGCAAGAUUAGGAGAUUGCAGGAUAUAUAUCUGCGUUUUAAAAAAGAGAUCAGGAAAAAGGAACUUUACUUUAGAAUACAAAUGCAAGAAAAGUUGGGUUUCAACAGCGGGAAGCUGGUCUGGGGCAGUGAGGUGCUUUCUUAGCUGCACUUGAAGUUUUAUGCAACUGUGUUUAAAUUCAGAUAGUAAGUGAGUAAAGCAGUUAAGGAAACAAAAAAACAAUUGCUUCCGGAGUCCACCAUGUCCGUGUUAGGACUAAAGCUGGGUGGUUUUGCUUCUCAUUUGCUUGCGCUGGAAGGACUUGAAAACACCCAGGAAUGCAGAGUAGCAUCGGCCUUAAUGCUCAGUUCCUUCCCGGCAGUGUAAAGGUUUUAUCUGUGCCCUAAGUUGUCUUGCCAAUUUAAAGUCCAAAUUUUCAACACCCCCAGCAUGGCUGCUUUAAAUUUAGCGCUAGAAUGGUUGGUGGGUCGCUUUGUGGUUGCUUAGUUUUUCAUUCAGAAGCACAGCGAACCUCUUCCAGAUGGAGGGGUCUCUCCGGGACAGCUUCCAAGUACCACCUCUCCCGGGGUCUCCUCUUGCUUGGCUGCGACUGACAAAAGUCUGUUCACUUUAACUACUUAGAUAAGAAAUACAAUGCUUUUAUUUAAAAUUUUAAUAUUUUCCAUGUGACCGAAUGUUCCAAAUGAUAGCAACAAAACUGUGUCGUAAUGUUUUCACUGUUCUGGAUUUUUUUUUUUUUUUUUUUUAAUGUAGAGGAGGAUAUUCAUCAUUCCUUAACACUGGAAACAUCAUUCUGAAUGACAGAGGAAAUGGUCGGUAACUUGAAUGAUUUUAUUGGGCCGUUUUCAACUUCUUCUUUCUUCCUCACCGAUGCUGCCCAUGUGCACACGUGUAAGAGCAUGUGGGAGCACGAGUGGGGCAGCGCGUGUAGCAUCUAUUUUUUGUCACAGAGUGUCUAGCCCAGCCCUCUAGUUGAUAGUCUAGUAGAGUCUGUUAACAAUUUGCAAGAUUCCGGGGUUUUUUUUUAAACUUGGUGUUUGGUUUGGUUUAUGUAUAUGCAGCUUGACUGUUUAACCCCGAUUUUUGAAAAUAAAAAAAUGUUAAUGUA